CUUCCAAUCAGGAAGGGCUAGGGGCUCACCUCAGCCAAUCGGAAGGAGCCAGGGUGGAUUUACCGCAGAGUCAUAUUUGAAUCAGAAGUUUCACUGGGCAGUUUUGAAUAGUCCUAUGGGAAAGGAGACCUCUAUCGAGGGGACCUUAAAAAGAGACUCAGAGACAAGGGGAGAAAAUCUCCAGGAAGCAGCUCAGAAACUCGGUGAACGACAGAGGGAACCAAACCAGAGACGCACAGAACAGAGAGAAUCAGCCUCAGAGCAAGGGGAAGUGGACAAGAGAUUCCACAGGGACUGCAAGGCACAGAGCCAGCCAGAUCUGAGAAGCAGGCAACGAGAUGCUGGGGAGCAGAGCUGUGCUGCUGCUGCUGCUGCUGCCCUGGAUUGCUCAGGGCCAGGCUGUGUCUGAGGGCAGCAGCCCUGCUUGGGCUCGGGGCCAGCAGCUCUCACAGCAACUCUGCAUGCUGGCCUGGAGUGCACAUCAACCAAUGGGACAUGUGGAUCUACCAAGAGAAGAAGGAGAUGAUGAGACUACAAAUCAUGUCCCCCAUAUCCAGUGUGGGGAUGGCUGUGAUCCACAAGGACUCAGGGACAACAGUCAGUCCUGCUUGCAAAGGAUCCACCAAGGCCUGGUUUUUUAUGAGAAGCUGCUGGGCUCAGAUAUUUUCACAGGGGAGCCUUCUCUACUCCCCGAUGGCCCUGUGGGCCAGCUUCAUGCCUCCCUACUGGGCCUCAGGGAACUCUUGCAGCCCGAGGGUCACCACUGGGAGACUGAGCAGACUCCAAGCCCCAGUCCCAGCCAGCCGUGGCAGCGCCUCCUUCUCCGUCUCAAGAUCCUUCGCAGCCUCCAGGCCUUUGUGGCUGUAGCUGCCAGGGUCUUUGCCCAUGGAGCAGCAACUCUGAGCCCCUAAGCCAGCAGCUUAAGGAUGGCACCCAGACCUCCACGGCUCAGCAAUGCUAAGAUGAAUUUAUCAGCCUAGACACCUGUGAGCCAACAAGUUAAUCAGUCCAUUAAUUUUAACAGGACUUGCUCUGUUGAAAAAUUACCAAUACUGACUGACUUACGAUGCUGACCUAGAACAGGCUGAAUAUUUAUUACAUGGGAAGGGAAAUUUUGGGAUUAUUUAUCAUCGUGGCAGCAGUUUGG